CAAGGUAUCGUUAUGGUGGGAGUGAUCAUUGGCUCCAAGCGGAUAGGAAUCAACCCUGACAAUGUGGCCACACCGACAGCAGCCAGCUUUGGAGAUCUCAUCACUCUUGCCUUGUUGGCAUGCUUCAGUCAGUGGUUCUACUCCUUUAUAGAACUUUAUCCAUAUGUGUUGUAUCUGGUAAAUCUAUCGUUUUUAUGCCUGAUUCCUGCCUGGGUGGCUGCCUCAUCCAAACAUCCAGCCAGUGAAAUCUUGCUGCACACAGGCUGGGAACCCAUCAUUAUAGCAAUGCUCAUCAGCAGUAUUGGAGGAGUUAUUCUGGACAAGACUGUAUUAGAUCCAAACUUGGCAGGGAUUAUAGUUUAUGCCCCUGUCAUAAAUGGUGUUGGAGGAAAUCUCGUUUCCAUACAAUCUAGUCGUAUUUCAACUCAUCUGCAUUUGAAAUACUCACCGGGACAGUUGCCUGAGGGUCGACAGAGCUGUUCCAACCCUUGGCACACAUUCUUUGGUUCAGGAGCAAACCAUCGAUCUGCUAAGAUUCUGCUUCUCCUGGUGAUCCCUGGUCAGUUGAUCUUCUUACAUGCUGUUCACCUGAUCAAAGGAGGCCACACUUUGCCAAGUCCUCUCUUCACCAUCGCCUUCUUGUCUGCGUCUUUGAUUCAGGUGUUAAUUCUGCUCUGCAUGGCUGACUGCUUGGUUCACUGUUUGUGGAGGAGGGGUAAAGACCCCGACAGUUACUCAAUACCUUACCUCACAGCCCUUGGAGAUCUUCUAGGGACUGCUCUACUUUCAAUUGUUUUUCUCAUGCUGUGGUGCAUUGGUGAUUCAGGCAGUGUGUAG